AUGAAUAUCAUCGACACUGGCAUAUAUAAACAUAAACUUCAAGCAGAUCAACCAAAACAAAUGGCGAGCACAAUUGCAGAGCUGGUAUUCAUCCAUGCACCUGGGGUUGGUCAUGUCAUGUCCACCAUGGAGAUCGCAAAACUACUCGUGAGUCGAGAUCACCACCUCUCUAUCACCGUUCUUGUAAUAAAACCGCUUCCUAAUCCAAUCUUCGGUUCUGGCUCAGCUAUCACCACAUACAUCAAUUCGUUAUCUAAAAACGCCAUGGAUCGCAUAUCCUUCAUUCAACUCCAUCAAGACGAAACCCCACCAGUUAUGGACUCGAAAGCUCCGGUGGCUUCCACUCAAGCAUUUAUCAAUAGUCAUUGUAAAUACACAAUCUAUGAUGAUCAGAAUGAAGAUAUUCUUGAACUAAGCAGCAGCUCAGAUUCCAUGAUAUCAAUUCCGAGUUUUGUCAAACCGGUGCCCACGAAGGUCUUUCCAGCCACGAUCCUGAGUAGAGAAGGGCUGGAGAUUUUUCUGUUCUGUGCUCGGAAACUUAGAGAGGCGAAAGCCAUCAUGGUCAAUACAUUCAUGGAACUGGAAACACACGCGAUCAAGUCAUUAAUGGAAGACAGAACCAUUCCGCCAGUGUAUGCAGUGGGCCCAAUACUCAACCUAGAAGGUGCUGCCGGAAACAUGUCGGAAAAUGAUGUCAUUAGGUGGUUGGACAGUCAACCUCCUUCUUCCGUGGUGUUCUUGUGUUUCGGGAGUAUGAGAUGUUUUGAGGAGGUCCAAGUAAAGGAGAUAGCACAUGCUUUAGAGAGGAGUGGCUACCGUUUUGUUUGGUCCCUCCGUCGACCUCCGACUGAUCAAACAACAAGAGCCCCAACUGAUUAUGAGGAUCCAGCAACCAUAUUGCCGGAAGGAUUCCUAGAACGCACUGCCGGAAUCGGAAAAGUGACAGGGCGGGUCCCACAGGUAGCUUUGUUGGCUCAUCAUGCAGUAAGGGGGUUCGUAUCUCAUUGUGGGUGGAACUCUUUGUUGGAGAGUUUGUGGUUCGGUGUACCGUCGGCGACAUGGCCUAUCUACGCCGAACAGCAGAUUAAUGCGUUUGAAAUGGUGGUGGAGCUCGGAUUGGCGGUGGAGAUAAAAUUGGAUUAUAAAAAGGAUAUGUUUAAUCACGAGGUGGAUGAGGUGAUAGUCAUGGCGGAGGAGAUAGAAAGAGGAAUAAGACGACUGAUGGAGGAUAACGACGUUAGAACCAAGGUUAAAGAGAUGAGCGAGAAGAGCAGAGCGGCCGUGAUAAAGGGUGGUUCUUCGUAUGCAUCUGUUGACUAUCUUAUUCAAGACUUUGUAAGAAACAUCUUCUGA